UCACAUCGUCACACUGCCCUCACCUUCGGGAAGCGCACCCACCCGAUCACAUCGUCACAAGCUCUGACUCAGAAACUCGGAGAAGAAAACAUCCUUGGCUUUAUUGAGGCAUCGGGCUAUGGAUGAGUGUCUGUGGCCCUUUAUGGUGUGUUCUACAACAUUGGCACUCAAAUUUGGCUUUUUGGCCGAUUGAGCAUGUUGAAUCGGCGGUAGGGCCCAUUGGUGAGAGACAUCACUCUGAUUGACCAUUCAGCUUAGUGUUAGUGUCAGUUAGUCUUUUGUCACUGGAUGAUUGGACUGAUUAGUUCCUUCAACACGUGGAAUCCCUUGAGCCUUACACUGUAGUAGCCAUGAUUUCACCGAUUUAGUGCGAAUUCUCCUUAUUUUUCAUUAUUAUUAUUAUUAUUAUUAUUAUUAUUAGUUCUCCUCCACUAAAAGACCAAGGGUUGAAACACGGUGUUUUCAAGUACAGCCUUUUGGCCCCCAGACAGGCGCCGUGAGGUGACGCAACAGUAGUUCUUUGAUGUCAGUUUGGUGUGUCUCUGGCUUUACACAAACAUCGAUCUGGCUCUGUCCCUACCUCUGCUGCCGGCUUUAAGACGGAACAACAAUCUGACCCCCCAUUCUGUGUUUGUUCCUUUUCCAGAACAGUGAGGUGUAAUAAAUCUUAAUCUUUAACAAUGUGUUGUAUUUUAAAACCUUGUUAUAUUGUAAAAACUUCAUCCUAAGUAACUACUAACUACAGCUGUCAAAUAAAUGUAGUGCAGUAAAAAUUACAAUAUUUCCCACUGAAAUGUACUGGAGUGAAAGAAUAAAAUGGCAUAAAAAGGAAAUUCCAGUAAAGUACAAUCACCUCAAAAUUGUACAGUAGAAAAUGUACUUAGUUACUUUCUACCACUGUCUAAAAUCACAGCACUACCAAGGGAGUUGUUUGUCAAUUCAAUCUGACCAAAUCUGAAUGAAUUUAAAACUCAACACUGCCACCCAGAGGCAAGUGUUGCUAUAUUUCAACAUGCGAGCGUUGAUAAAUAUAAAAUGCACUAUACGAAGGUGCACUUUUUUCUAAAAGUUACUACAGAGCUGUGCAUUUCUUUUGGGUUUUGCCUUGGUGUUAGACUGAGUUCACCAAUCGCCUAUACAUAUGUUCGCGCUCAUCCAGACGACCUACCCAGGUGACCCAGCUAGCUAAGACAUGCAGCUCUCAUAACGAUGACACCAUAGUUGUAUCGCUCUUGAAAAGUGUUCAGUUUAAGAAGAAAGCGUUCACAUGUGCUUUGGAUUUCAAGAGACUGGGGGAUAACAUCAAAUUGACAUGGAACUCAAUCCACCGACCACCUCCAGCAUCGGCACAGCCAAACCUUUGAAAGGCAUGUUCGGUGUAAAUUAACUUUUCAGCCAAAUGUCUCAGUCAAUAUAUUUAAGGUCAAUCCACUGUGGACGCGAGACACACAGCCCACGUGUGAUUCAAGGGCGGCUGUUCCAUCAUACUAUUAGUCCUUUACCUCUACAAAGAACAUUUGAAAGGAGCGACACACAACAAACACAAGAGGAGCUUUGUGUGAUAAGUACCAGCAGUCCACUCUGCACAGCUUUUCUCCCUAGUGUUGGUAAGAGGUCUCCUCGAGAGGUCCCUGACUUUGGAAUCUUCUCCAGCAUUCCUAGCUUUAUCUCAAAGCCUUCGAGUCCUCUUCUCCCACCCAUGGCACUCUCUGCACGUUUUGAAGCUACUCUGAACACCCUGCCCAAGAUCAGCAGCCCCUACUUCUCAGCCUCAGAAUCCAAAAUUACACUGCCAAGAAAAUUACGCAUGAGAGAUGAGUUUGGAGACACUGUGGACUGGAAACCUUUGGUGAAAAAACGCAAAAUCCAGCCACAUCUACGAGAGCUUACGGAAUCUUUAGUGAAACCAGAGGUGAAUAAAGUCUGUCUGGACAUCACAAGUUGGAGCCAGGGGGGAUUACACAGUGUGACAGCAACCAAGAGGACAGUUAAAUUUACACAAGAGCAAAUUGAGAUCGACCAGUGUGUGCAUGUACAGGCAGCAGAGUUGACCGGCUGUGAGUUGUGCCUUGAUCAGAAGCUGCCAGUCAUUUUCCUCUGGACCACCCCUGCUUGCAGCCUGCGACUCCAAAUACGGUUGAAGAUGCUCCGGGAGAAAUGGGCAGAGUGGUAUGACUGUGGCACAAGUGCCAGUCCAGCAGAGAAAUACAUUGUGCUGAUGUUGGGGAACUUGCCAUCAGCACAACAGCAAAAUGUUCUGGAGAAAAUCCUCUCCGGCAUUGGCAGAGCAAAUCAGCUGAAUGAGUUCCCACACAAAAUCUCUUUGGAUGAAGCCAACAACAGACUAAAGACACAAGUCAAGCAGGCAGCACAGAGUCCUCCGGUCCCGCUGCAGAGUCAAGAGCACACGCUCAAUGUCUUAGACACAGAUGAGGAGGACUUGCUCGAUGCCAGAGGCAAUGAACUGGAAGUCAUUCCCAUAGCCUUCACUGACUCAGUCAGAAGGUUGUUGGUUUACCCCCCUCCACCAGCUAAAGGAGGCAUAACUGUCACAAACGAGGACUUACGCUGCCUCAAAGAAGGGGAGUUUCUAAAUGAUGUCAUCAUAGAUUUUUACCUGAAGUAUCUGGUGUCAGAAAAGCUGAAGAUUGAAGAUGCAGAGAGAACUCACAUAUUCAGCUCCUUCUUCUUCAAGCAUCUUACCCAAGGAAGAUGGAGCAGGGAUCGGACAAGUGAAAAAGAACUUCUUAAGAAGAGGAGGCAUGAUCGAGUGAAGACAUGGACCAGACAUGUUGACCUCUUCGAAAAGGACUUUCUUUUUGUUCCCAUAAAUAAGUCGGCCCACUGGUUCCUGGCCAUCGUCUGCUUUCCUGGAUGCUUCCAGCCUGAUCCAAAGAGCUGGAGUCCAGCAGACACCCAGGCAGACCUCAGCCCAGAGCCUGCACAGUCCAACUGGCUGGAGACCAGAUUCUCCUGGAGGAUUGGCCAAGACUUCUCCCACUCCGCCAACCCCUUAUCACUGUUCUACAAGCCCCCAGUCUCAACCAUAGGACCAGCUAAGGGGAGCACAUGGCCAGCAGAUCUCUUUUCCUCCGACGAUGAGAAAGAUAUGGAAAUUGAGAGUGGACUGCUGGAAUACAAGAAAACUGUUCCAAAACCAUGCAACUCCAAACAGCCCUGCAUUCUCAUCAUGGACUCCCUAGGCCAUGGAAAGGCCACUGUGGUCAACAUCCUGAAAGAAUACUUGGAAGAGGAGUGGAGAGUAAGGAAAGGAACUCAACGCAGUUUUGAGAUGAAUGGCUCCAGUCCUUUAGUGCCUCAACAGAACAACCUGAGCGACUGUGGGGUUUACCUGCUACAGUAUGUGGAGAGCUUCUUUGAGAGUCCUCUUCAAAGUUUUAAAGCACCCAUUGACCUGAGUGAUUGGUUUCCUCAGAAAUGCGUGGCGACGAAGCGGAAAGAAAUUAGACAGCUGAUUCUCAAAAUUCAAAACCAGCAACAAAUGGCAGGAAAAGCUCAGGAUAGGUAACCAUAGGCAGAUGGGGGCUGCUCUCUAUCUUGCGCUCUCUCUCUCUCUCUCUCUCUCUCUCUCUCUCUCUCUCUUACUCACUCAUG